AUGGCAGUGGAGAAGUUGCUACUAACGAUCGCCUGCUGCUGGGCAUUGCCGCUAAUUGGAGGCAGCAGCAGCAGCAGCAGCCAAUUGCUGGAUAUGGAUAACAGCGGACGCAUUGUGGGCGGUGAGGUGAUCUCCGCCUACUAUUUGCCGUAUCAGGUGUCGGUGCGCCGACGCAGCAGCAACAGCAGCGCCUAUGCACACAGCUGUGGCGGCAGUCUGCUGGACGAGCGUACCGUUAUAACGGCAGCGCAUUGUGUGUACAAGCGCGAGGCUGAAAACUUUCUGGUGGUUGCCGGCACGGAGCAGCGCAGCGGCAUGGACGGCGGCGUGGUGUCGCGUGUGGCAAAGAUUGUGAUGCAUGAGGAUUACAAUGCCACCAUAACGGACAACGAUGUGGCGCUAAUGUUUAUGGCGCAGCCAUUUCCGGUGGGCAAGCAUCGCAAGAUCGAUGUCAUAGCGCUGGCGCAAGCGGAGCCCAAGCCUGGCACGCUGGCCACAGUUUCGGGCUGGGGACACACCACAGAGGGCGGCGUGGGCUCGCAGCAGCUGCAGCAGGUGCAAGUGCCGCUGGUGGCGGCGUCAGAGUGUGAGCUGGCCUACGAUUGGCGACCCAUAACCGCUGGCAUGUUGUGCGCUGGGCUGCCCGAGGGCGGCAAGGAUGCGUGCCAGGGCGACUCGGGCGGUCCGCUGGCUGUCGACAAGCAGCUGCUGGGCAUUGUCUCCUGGGGCGAGGGCUGCGCGCGUGAGAAUUAUCCUGGCGUCUAUGCGCUAGUGCCGCAUUUUCUGGACUGGAUUGCAGCACAGCGCGCGUUUUUAGUUCUUUUAUUGCCACUGAGCAUGUCGCACGCGCUUGUCCAACGCUAUCUGCUGUGCCUGUGCCUGUUUGGCCUUCUGGCCUUGGGCUGCGCACAGCCGCUGCAGGAUCAUGAGCGCAUUGUGGGCGGCCGCGACACCGACAUCUCCGUCUAUCCACAUCAGAUCUCGCUGCGCCGCAAAGCCAUCACCGCGCCCAGAAAUUCCUUCUCACACAUCUGCGGCGGCUCCAUUGUGGCCGAUAACAUUAUCGUCACUGCGGCGCACUGCAUCAUUGGCUCGGUGCCGAGUCAGUACAAAGUGGUCGGCGGCACCAGUCGCCGCAAUGAGGCCAAGGGCGCUGUGUCGAAUGUGCGCGAGAUCAUUAUGCAUGAGCAGUAUAAUCCCGAUAACUAUGACAACGAUAUAGCGCUGUUGGUGCUGCGUGAGCCGCUGCCGCUCAACAACUUCACCAUGCGCGCCAUUCGGCUGGCCAGCAAGGCCGCUGAGGCUGGUGAAAUCAGCAGCAUUAGCGGCUGGGGCACCAAAGCGCCCGGCGGCUACUCCGCCGAUCAGCUGGUGGCCGCUCAAGUGCCCAUUGUCAGCAACGAGGAUUGCAACAAGGACUACGGCGCGGGCAGAAUAACGAGCGCCAUGUUGUGUGCCGGUUAUCGCGGCACUGGCGGCGUCGAUGCCUGCCAAGGCGACUCCGGCGGACCGCUGAUCAUUGACAAUGAAUUGCACGGCGUUGUCUCCUGGGGCUACAGCUGUGCCCUGCCCUCGCAUCCUGGCGUCUACGCCAGCGCAGCGGGACAGGCGCGCAUAACUGGUGGGCAGGAAACUGCUAUAAGCGCUGCACUCUAUCAUGUGUCCUUGAAAUACAAAGCGCAUGCCAAGGCGCCAUAUGUACAACGCUGCUCCGGCGUAAUCUACAGCUCAAGUGUAAUCUUAACCACAGCAAUGUGUGUGGACAAACUCGAGCUGAAUCAUCUACAAGUAAUUGCCGGGCAAGCUUAUCGCAGCGGCAGCAAAGGCAGAAUACAUCGUGUGGAACGCAUUAUUUACCAUCCACAAUUCGACAAGUGGUUUAUGGACAACGACUUGGCAUUGCUGCUGCUGCAGCAGCAGUUGAACCUCCAAGGCUUGGCCAGCAUAGCUAUCGCUCCAAAGUUGCCCAAUGCAGGCAGCUUUGCUAGCAUUGUCGGCUGGGGCGCAACUGCCACAGCAAAUGCAUCCGAAACUUUGCAGCUGGCACAAGUGCAACUGGUGCAACAAUCAGCUUGUCGUCAAUCCUAUGGUGAGGCACGCAUAAGUGAGGCCAUGUUGUGUGCCGGCAGCUACAAAGGCAAUCAAGUCGUGGAUGCUUGUCAAGGCGAUGCGGGUGGAGCUCUUGUGUUUAAUGAUCAGGCCGUCGGUUUGGUGUCCUGGGGCAGCGGCUUUCGAGGCACGACGCCAGCCAUAAUGGAUAUCCUGCAAUUUGUUGGCCUGUUGCUGCUGACGGGUUUGACUGUCUGUGUGGCUGCCCAAGCGGAGUCGCGCAUUAUCAAUGGAGAUAAAGUGAAUAUAGCACGUCAUCCAUAUUUUGUAUCGCUGCGCUAUAGGCGCACCAAGGAGUCGGCCUAUAUGCAUGAGUGUGCUGGCGUGAUCUAUUCGAAGACUGCGGUGAUCACCGCUGCGCAGUGCUUGGCGAGAUUGGAUGAGACCACCAAGCUGCUGGUAGUUGCCGGCUCAAAUAGUCGCACUGGCACGGAUGGCUUGAUCUACCACGUAGCCAGCUAUACGCAUCAUCCAAAGUUUGACUACUAUACGGCGGACUAUGAUGUUGGUUUGGUAUUUUUGAAGAGCCCGCUCGACUUCAGCAACUUUGCGGUGCGUGCAAUUGAAUUUCGCGCGGAGCGUCCAGCUGCGGGCAGAGAGGCACUUGUCACAGGCUGGGGCUAUCGCGAGGAAUGGGGACCUUCUAGCGAGAAUCUGGAGCAGGUGCAUGUGCCCAUUGUUAGCUCGGAGCAAUGCAAUAGCAUUUAUGGCGCUGGCGAGGUAACGGAGCGCAUGAUCUGCGCUGGAGAUAUAGAGCAUGGCGGACGCGAUGCUUGUCAAGGCGACACGGGUGGGCCAUUGAUCAUUGAUGAGCAAUUGGUGGGCUUGGUGAGCUGGGGACGCGGCUGCGGUCGUCCUGGCUAUCCCACUGUUUACUGCUAUGUGAACAGCUUAAAAUCGUGGAUCGAUGAAACUAUUGAGGCUACUCAAGCGCUAAACGUUUGGAAUCUUGCCGUCUUCCUCAGUUACACCCCAGCCGGUUACAAUGACCACUGUGCCGUUCUCGGGACGCUUCUCAGCGAGCGCAAUGGGCUGCAGGGAUUCGUUGAACUCGAAUUCUCCAUCCAGCACCAAAAUGGCAGCGUCGUAAUCAUUGUUAAGCGUCCUGUACUUUUCGUGUACAAAAAAUUCACGCACGGGCAACUCUUGUCCUUUGGGAUAAAGUGUGGUGGAGCCACCCACAAUGUGUUCCAAUCAUUUGAAAACAUUGUAAUUCUCGUUAUGUUGUCGCGCCCGGAAUUAAUUACGCUAGGCCUGGGACUGCUGGUCGCCUUGGCUAGUAGCGCCUCCAUUAGCACGCACAUUGUGGGCGGCACGGAGGCGGAUAUUGCCAACUAUCCUUACCAAGUGUCUGUGCGUCUCGAAACUUAUAUGUUGCUACACAUCUGCGGUGGCAGCAUUUAUGCGCCCCAUGUGGUGCUGACGGCAGCUCAUUGCAUCAAAGGACGCUUCGCCUCCUACAUACGCAUUGUGGCGGGACAGAACUCUAUUGCGGAUCUGGAUGAACAGGGCGUACAUGUGUCCAAGCUAAUCCCUCACAGCGGCUACAAUAAGAAGACCCACAUCAAUGAUAUAGGCAUGAUUAUUACCAAGGAGCCACUUGUCUACUCCGACCUCGUUCAGCCUAUACCAUUGGCUUUGGAUAUUCCUGUGGCUGGCACUCACGCUAUGGUUAGCGGCUGGGGCAAGCGCACUGAAGCUGAUGAGGCAUUGCCUGCUCUGCUCCGUGCAGUUGAGGUGGAAAUUGCGGAUCCAAAAACAUGUGGUGCUCAAUAUCUGACUAAGAACUACGCCAUUACCGAUGAAAUGUUAUGCGCGGGUGUGCAUGAAGGUGGCAAGGACGCUUGCCAAGGAGACUCAGGUGGUCCUUUAACUGUCGAUGAAGUGUUGGUUGGAAUUGUUUCCUGGGGCGUGGGCUGUGCACGUGAAGGUUUUCCUGGAGUUUACACCAGCGUUAUGCAUUACACCGCCUGGAUUGAAGAGAAGGCAGAGCCCUAUCUAUAGUGUGCUCUGAAAAUAUUCAAACUAAGAGCUAAUAAUAAUAGCCAACGAACAAAUAGUUAUACCCUUUAAUCAUAAAUAUAUUAACUGAACAUUCAAAACUA